UCUGACGACAUUUCUGUGCGCCGGAAGAGAAAGAGGUUCCUUGUACCUCGCGUCUGGUAACGCAGCGCCGAGGGUCUUGUUCCGCUAUGCGGAUCACCGGGAAGACAUUCCGUCGGCGCCCCGCUGACUCGGAGUCGGAGGAGGAUGAACAAGAAUCAGAGGAGGUUCGGCUAAAACUGGAAGAAACCCGAGAGGUGCAGAACUUGCGGAAGAGGCCAAAUGGGGUGAGUGCGGCUGCCCUGCUGGUGGGAGAGAAGGUUCAAGAGGAGACUACUCUGGUGGAUGAUCCUUUCCAAAUGGCGACAGGUGGCAUGGUGGACAUGAAGAAACUGAAGGAGCGUGGCAAAGACAAGGUCAGUGAAGAGGAGGAUCUGCACCUGGGGACAUCUUUUUCUGCAGAGACCAACCGGAGGGAUGAGGAUGCAGACAUGAUGAAGUACAUUGAGACGGAGCUGAAGAAGAGGAAGGGGAUUGUGGAGCAAGAGGAACAGAAGGCCAAGCCCAAGAAUGCUGAGGACUGCCUCUAUGAGCUGCCAGAGAAUAUCCGAGUCUCCUCUGCCAAGAAAACUGAGGAGAUGCUGUCCAACCAGAUGCUGAGUGGCAUCCCUGAGGUGGACCUGGGCAUAGACGCUAAAAUAAAAAACAUCAUUUCCACGGAGGAUGCCAAGGCCCGGCUGCUGGCAGAGCAGCAGAACAAGAAGAAGGACAGCGAGACAUCUUUUGUGCCCACCAACAUGGCUGUGAACUAUGUGCAGCACAACCGCUUUUAUCAUGAGGAGCUCAAUGCACCCAUCCGAAGAAACAAAGAAGAACCCAAAGCCCGGCCCUUACGAGUGGGUGACACAGAGAAGCCAGAGCCCGAGCGGUCCCCUCCCAACCGCAAGCGUCCUGCUAAUGAGAAGGCCACAGACGACUACCACUAUGAGAAGUUCAAGAAGAUGAACAGGCGCUACUAAGGCAGUGGUAGGGGCUGGAUUAACGAUUCACGUACACGCGUGUACACACACACACACACACACACACACACACACACACACACACACACACACGUUCUCUUGCAUAGAACCUGCUUAUUAGCUCUUGAAGUUGCCCAUCAGACAGUGCUUCUGCUCAGCUGCUGGAUUUCCGUUUUGGUUUUGGUCGGAGACUGUGGCUCCCAUGUAUCCUAGGCCUUGAACUCCCUCCUCCCUCCUACUGGGGUUUUAGAGGCCCCACACUCCUGGCUGGCAUUUUAAGCACUAACUUUGUAACUUUUGAAAGAAAACAAUGUGUCUAUGUCUAUAUUGUUUCCUACCUGGAGCAAACUAUCCUUAAGAAUGUUAUUAAAUAAUUUGUAAAUAU